AUGAUGUGGAAAGCAAUCUGCGCUUGGCACGUGUCUCCGGUCCGUGCGGGCUGUGCCGUCCCGUACGUGGCCAGGAACUCGCCGGUUGCCACCUGGAAAUCCAUCGACCUCCAAAAAGCAUGGGCGGUCUCGACUGCCGGAGAAGCGGUCAAGAAGCAGAUCAAAGCGCUGGCUGCCGGUCCCGUCUACGAAGACGUCGUGCUCUUCUCCGAAGAUCCCGCCUCGGUCCUCGGAGCUGAAGUGGUAGAACUGGUCUCCUGGAUUCACCCGACGGCCAAUAUGGACGACGACAGGAAGAACAAGGUAAAGCACGGGUUCUCCAAGUUCCAGAAGGCCAUCAGCACGCAUUCGCCCGAAGCAGAUGGCGGGCUCGUUGCUGGCUGGGGCCAGGUCGAGUUCGACCAUGCUGGCGUGCCGAGCCGUCGCUUCACGUCCUUUAUCGGCUGGAAGAGCGUCGACGCCCACUACAAGUGCAAGGAGACGCCGCCAUUCACCGAGAAUAUUCAUUGGCUGGCGGAGAAUGGCGACACGGGAGUCGAGAUGGUUCACUACCCGGACUUCACUUGGCUCUUUCCGUCUCGCACCGACCAGGCUCCGGCUGUCGAACUCGACAUAGUCGGAAGUUCCAGGGAGCAACAACUCAGGCGUCAGGCCGAAGCCGUCUUCGACAAUCCGCAACGCUCCGUCUUCCUGAACUACAACUUCGACUCGCCAGCAGCGCUGCGCUUCCCGGAAGCCCGACUCGCCACGCUCCAGUUUCCAGAGACGGCGUAUCUGCUCCAAAUGCUUGCCAACGAGACUGGAGAGCUGGCAUAG